AUGCCCGUAUUUCAACAGGACUUCGCAGUGGCCUAUGUUGCCGGGCGAAAAGGGUACGAGAAAGUCCACGUCAAGGAUGAGAGCCGGGGCAAAGGGCCAAAGUGCUAUAAUUUCAGGGAGUUCCUUGCGCUGCGGUGGGCUAAGACCCAGUUUGGCAAGUUCAACCGGCGCAAUGAGACCAUGCUCGAUUCAAAGUUGAAGAUCAAGGUCCAGAACCGCUUGGGUCUCCUCAUGACCGGAAGAAGUGCGUCAGCGCCCAUUCUGUCUUCUAUGGAGUCGUUUGCGGUCCUGCUAGAAUCCUGCGUGAGUGAUGCCUAUCACGCCCUGCAUGAUCAUUUCCGAGAACGUCUGGAAAAGAACAUCACGGAGCGCGUCAAGAUUGACGAGAAGAACAAGGAGAAUGAGCAGAAGCCGGUCAAGGCCUGGCAUACCAAGUUGGAUGCCGGCCAAGACCCCGAUGCGUUCCACCCAGGUCUCAAAAUCAUGCCUAAAGAGGACAAGACUUUAAUGGAUUGA